AUGGUGGACAGAGCAAGAGAGGUUUUGAACACGCUGCUUGGAUUAGACAGGGAUAUCUACCGAAGCACAGAAAGACGUUCGAUUGAUGAAAGCAUAUGCAAGUAUAUGCUGGUGUGUUUCUGUCCUUUUAAGCUGUUUGAGAGCACAAGGCGAAGCAUUGGGAGGUGUAGAUACACAAGCCAUGAGGAGUACUACAAGGUUGAGUAUUGCCGGCAGGGAAGUGUUGGGAUUGAGCAGUAUGAGUGGGAGUUUAUCCGGCUGCUUGUGGAGAUUGUGGUGUACACAGAAAGGAGCCUUGAGAAGCGGAAUGACGAGGUCAAAGACAUUGAGCUUUUGGACAAGAUUAUGGAAACGGAGGAGAGAUUCAACGAGCAAUACAGCACCAUCCAGCAGCUUGUGAAGCAAGAAGGCGUGAGGGAGGCAUAUGAGGCGUUUCUUAAGUGUGAGAAAGUAAAGAUGAGCUUGGAGAAGCUGAAAGAAGCACACUUUGCAAGAAACGGAGGCUCUGGAAUGGAUAGGUGUAUGGUGUGCGGCUCUAGCCUGGCUUUGAGCGAUACGAAGUCGAAGAAUGCUAGCCAUAUCCAUGGAAGGCUGCAUAGAGGGCAUCUUCUUGUUAGAAGGAAGCUUGCAGAGCUGCUGAAGAAGGUUGGUGUGUCAAGCAUGGCAGAGAUUUUUCCAAAUGGAUUUUCAUUUGAGCAUUUGAAUGUGUAG